UUGGCCUGGAACGGGUCGCUGACGGCGCGGCCGCCGCUGUGGGGGCGGGUCGGUCCGAGCGCUGGCUCCAUGUGAGCGCCGUUCCGCCUCCUGCUGCCGCGGCCGGCGGCGCGGGGAGCGGGCGGGACCCCGGUCCUGGCCCCGGUCCCGGCCCCGGUCCGCCGGAGCGGAGCCGUGAGGGGUGAGGUGAGGUGAGGCGAGGCGAGGCGGGGCCGCCAUGAGCCGCAUCGAGGGGUCGAGCGGCGGCCGCCGCCGCGUCCUGCAGGUGAAGUUCGUGCCCGACGACGAGGUCCUGAAGCACAUCGUCGACGACACAGGUUUGGAACCUCUGUGGAGAUGCUUCAGACUUGCCAGUACAAGGCACGGAGCAUUCGGAUCAGACACUGCUGGUCCUGCUUUGAGCAGAAGGUCAGACACACGGUUUCCAGAGGGGUCUCAGCCUAAAUUCUCCCACGAGUGUUCUGACAGCUUACAGGCAAGGUAACAAAGUACGGAAGGACAAGCCUCAGCCGAGUAUCAAUUUGAAGAGAUUUGUGAAGAAGCUUCAGAAUAUUUCAGAUGAUGAAGCUCAGGAGAUCCUAGAAGAGAAGAACUAUAUUGCUACUCUUGGAAUAUGUGCCCAAGAUCCAGUGGGAAAUGGCACAAGUGUAAGCGGUGGUGAAGUUUAUUCAUUUCAGACUCCCAAACGCUCCAGUAAAAUGGCAGAGCUGGCGUCUGAAUUAGCCCACACACCAGAACAGAGAGUGACACCUGAUCACUCCAAGGGCCUUGAGAAGAGAGCAAAGACUCCUCAAAGUAGCAAGCAUUCAAGUUCAAACAAAGAGCAGCUGAGGAGUAAAAAGAAAGAAUUUGUGUCUACCACACCUUACAGACUCAGAAAGAGGCUAGCAGCUCCAGAUUCCUAUUUAGAAAGUGAGAGUGAAUAUUCUGCUUCCUGCUCAGAGGAGGAGGAUGAAGAAGAUCAGCAAGAAGUCAGCACUGUUUUAUCAGGUCAAAAGACCCCAGCAAAAACUAAGGCUGCACCUACACAUCUUCCCAGAAACAGCCUAGCCAAAAAAAAUAAGGAGGAAAAGAUGAGCAACCUGGUGGAAGAAUACUUUGAAGCUCACAGUAGUUCCAAAGUGCUCACUUCAGACCGAACGCUGCAGAAGUUGCAGAAAAGGAGAUUGAAUCAGGAAACACUGCGUGAGCUUCUGAAAAAAGCUCCCGUUGCCUAUGCUGCUGAAAUUAAAGAACUUAACCAGCAACAUGAAUCCUUGUUUUCCAAGUGGAUGCUGCAAUUACACUUGGGUUUCAAUAUCGUGCUGUAUGGACUGGGCUCAAAGCGUGAUUUGUUGGAGAAGUUUCGUACAUCUCUGCUCCAGGAUUCUGUUCACCUUGUGGUUAAUGGAUACUUCCCCAGCAUCACCGUGAGAUCUAUUCUCAACUCCAUCACAGAGGAGGUAUUGGACCAUAUAGGAACCUUCCGCAGCCCCCUUGACCAACUUGAAUUCAUUACUAAAAGGUUUAAAGAAGAUUCAUCUUUAGAGCUCUAUGUCCUCAUUCAUAACCUGGACAGCCAGAUGUUGAGAGGAGAAAGAAGUCAGCAGAUCCUUGCACAGCUAUCCUCUCUGCCCACUGUUUACCUCAUUGCCUCUAUUGAUCACAUCAAUGCUCCUCUCAUGUGGGAUCAAGCAAAACUGAGUCUUUAUAACUGGCUUUGGUAUGAAACAACCACAUUUAGUCCUUACGUGGAAGAAACAUCUUACGAGAACUCCCUUUUAGUACAACAGUCUGGAUCUUUGGCUCUGAGCUCCCUCACACAUGUCCUGUGCAGUCUCACUCCCAAUGCCAGGGGGAUAUUCAGAUUGCUUGCUCAGUACCAGCUGGAGAAAAAGGACAACCCAUCUUACCCAGGGCUGUCUUUCCAAGACUUCUACCAGCAGUGUCGGGAGGCUUUCCUUGUGAACAGUGACCUGACACUCAGGGCACAGCUGACGGAAUUCAGGGACCACAAGCUCAUCCGGACCAAGCGGGGAGCUGAUGGUGUGGAAUACUUACUGAUUCCUGUGGAUGACAGUACCUUGACCAACUUCUUAGAGAAUCAGGAUGAAGAUGUGUAAUGCCUCUGUGUUCUCAAAGCGUCUGUGGCAAAUGCUCUCAAGGGCUGCUGGAGAGGGGCCAAUACUCAGAUCUCUCUUCCUCCAACCCCACAGCUGCUGGACUGAAAAGUGUUAGUUGUGAUGAGACAUGCUGGUUGUUCAGGUGGUUUGGAAUGAUGACUUCUGUAAGCACAGCAUCUCCUGUGCUGUAGUUGCAUUUGUCUGCUUUGUCUCAGCUCAGAUAAUGCUGCCUUCAUAUCUGUGCAGCCAGCCUUACAGUCAGAAAAGCAGACUCGGUAAGACUGUGCCUUCUGCUCUUCUACCUCACCACACAUGAGGGUUUGAUUGGAGCAAUGUAGUUGGGAAGGGCAAAUCACAGGAUGGUCACGGCUUUAGUUUGUACUAGUGGUGCAGCUUUUCUCAACUGAGUGCUUUCCAGUACUCCUUUACUAUUUAGACAAAACUAGCUCCCAGUGUACAAAGAAGCCAAGAUUUAAAAUGCUAGGAGACCUGCCUCGGCUGUGUGAGGAAAGGAGAAGACUAGUGGGUUUGGGAUGCUCUGGGUAACUUUAUAAAUUCUGGCAAUAGAACUGAAGGACUUGCCCCAAACCUGCAUCCUUUUAUAAGAAGAUUUAGAUAAUCAAAAUUGCGAUAGACUCAAGUCAUUACCUGCUAUUUUCCAAGGUGCAAUCCAGAAAUAUGAAAAGGCUGUAAAGCUUUUUUCUUUAUUUUUUUAAUGCUUGAUUGUAUAUUUGUAUUUUUUACAUCAGGAGUGUCUGUUGAUCCUGAAGGAGGCCUUAAAUGCCACUUAUAAUCUCUCCCUUUUUUUAAGCCCUUAGAGGUUGGGAGACUGCUGAAGUUGGACAUCUUCACUGUUUUUUUUUUCUCAGUUAUGUGGGAGGAAGCUCUGUAGUUCCAUCAACUGUAUUCUGCCAGCCAGACUUCAGGGAUUCUGUAUGUUUAACAUCUGGUAGCUUUGUUACAGCUCAGUGUUGUAAUAGUUCAGACUAUCAAAUAAAGUACUUUAUUAAUUUUCA